CACAACGCCACGCGCCCGUCCACCCAGAGCAGAGACUUUCAAAUCACUGCCAGGGCGAACAAAAUUUCGGAUGCUGGCGCCAAACCGUCUUCGCGUCACUUGCUGUUGCCCUCGCUCUCCAAUUGCCCACUGGCAUGGCCCAUCUGCCCAUCUGACGGGGUGGACGGUCGCCAUUGAGCGCGACAUGUGGGCAAUGGCUCGCCGGACAUGGUGGGAACCCACCCCAGGCGGUGCGCCACACCCACUUUGCAUGUGAAAGCGACCCCGUCUCAGGUGGACACCCUCAGCGCCCUCAACAAUAAUGGGAUCCCCCCCACGGUGGGCAGUGUGGUUGCCCGUGUCGCGAGAUGGAGGAGCAGCUGAGGCUCUCACGAGAUGAAAAUGUCACACCAUCUCGCCCUGGAGUUGACUUCUGAAGUCAUGCUGACAGGGAGGAGGGUGUGGCAGGUGCCUUAUCGUUAUCGUUAUCGGUAUCGGAAUCGCCCGGUCUGGCUGCCCCUCCAACAAACUCCAAACGACAAUGGAGACGGUAAAUUAAAUUACGGAUUCCCCACACGCAAAUGAACCCUCACCGUCGUCAUCGCCCGUAUCUUCGUAUCCCCCCGACGCCCUCCCUGUCUAUUCCGGGCUUCCUCUUGCUUUUUGGCUUGCGUACCGCGCCUCCUGCAAAUUGGUGCUUGAUGACCGGGGGGGCUGUGCACAGUGUUUGCCAAAGCCGACCCAUACCGCGCCUCUCUCGCUCCUCUCUUGCCCGGGCAUGUCUACCCCUCACUGACCACUCUAGGUAUCUAUCAAUCAAUCAAUCAAUCAAUCCAGCACCGCUGCCUGUUGAUUGCUACACGCCCUUCUGGCCUGGCCCACACCUUCCCCUCCCUUAUCCCAUUGAAUGCUUCGUGCCUCUUUCCCUGAUUGCCGUGGCAUGACCUCGUCCAUCUGACUGACACCCGACCUUCCUCUCGCGAUGCAAUUGAUUGGCAUCCCACCUACCGUCUUGCGGAAUCGAGUUUGGUGUAUUCAAAUGUUCUAUCUUUGGUCAUGGGGCCGCGGUCUAGGUUCGCCGUGCUUGUUCGUUUAACCAUAUCUGACCCCGCCAAUUCCCAUGCGCGACACUCUGCGCGACGCGAUCUGCGUUUCCCGUCCCGCAGCUGCUCUUGUGUCCCCGAUAGGGCCCCAUGCCGACCCUGACUGGCCUUGCUUGCAGCCGCCGUCGAGUCCCUGCAGCUGCCACGCUUUCCUGUCUUCCCUUUGUCCUGCUUCCUGCUUCCCCAUCCGUCGCUCCAUGCCACCAGCCCCCGUUUCAAAACAAACUACAAAGGGCAACAAAAUAAACCUCCCAGGUGAAGCUAUUCAAAUGCCAUCAAUGUCCGUAUUCGCCAUCUUGUGCAGCAUGUCAGGCCAACUUAGUUUAGAUCCCACUGACGCCUUCUUUGCAUCGUACGGCGCGUCUGAGCGGUGUGCCCGUGAUGAACCAUGCCGGACUCAUCUCGAGACGGUGCCCGGAUCGCUUACCGCAGCAGCUCAAUGGGGACGGAUUGCAAUUCCGCAGCCACUGCUUGGGUAG